AUGGUGCAGGAUAAGGAUAAUACAGUUCAAAUGUAUACCAACUGUUUUGAUACUUAUAUAGAAGAGGUAAAGAAUUAUGUAAGAGACCUCAAAAAGAGGGAAUGGUAUGUUCAAGGACUUCUAAGUCUAUAUCGAGAGAAGGUUAUUGCACAAUGCCCAAAACAUACAAA